CCAAACACAAGAUGCAAACACUACGCCUCAAGAUGCCAUCUUGCUCAACACCUUUCUUCUACCUCUUCUGCCUACUGCUUGCGCCGUGCCUUCUUCUCUUGGAAGAAGCACAUGCGGCGCACCAUGGAGGGGUCUCAAUGAGGUCUCAGCACAUGGCCCUCCUCCGCUGGAAGGCUACACUUGCAAGCCCACCGCCCCAGAUGACCUCCUGGCGGGAAAACACCAGCCCGUGCAACUGGACGGGCAUCAUGUGCUCGGCCAUUCGCCAUGGCCGCCGCAUGCCCCGAGUGGUGACCAACAUCUCCCUGCCGAAUGCUAGCAUCAUUGGCAAGCUUGGUGAGCUCAACUUCUCGGCUCUUCCAUUCUUCACAUACAUCGACCUUACUAACAACAGUCUCCAUGGUGCAAUACCCGCUAGUAUCAGCUCCUUGUCAGCACUUUCGAAACUUUACCUUUCCUACAACCAGCUCACUGGGAAAAUCCCCUAUGAGAUUGGUGACCUGCAAAGUCUUGAGCAGCUUGGUCUCGCAUUUAACAGACUCACAGGACAUAUCCCAGCGUCUCUGGGUAACCUAACAAUGUUAACUAGUCUUUUCAUUCACCAAACCAUGCUAUCAGGCUCCAUUCCUGGCGAGGUUGGAAGGCUUGUCAACCUGCAAAUCCUACAGCUAAGCAACAGCAACUUAAGCGGCAUGAUACCAAAAACCCUUGGAAAUCUGACCCAACUAAAUACUUUGUACCUCUAUGAUAAUCAACUUUCAGGGCCUAUACCCCAGGAACUAGGCGGGCUAGUGCAUUUGCAAAGACUUGACCUUAGUUCAAAUAGUUUUUCAGGUCCAAUUCCAAUCUCCAUAACCAAUCUCACUAAGAUGAAUGAGCUUUUUCUCGAAGAAAAUCAAAUCACAGGCCCAAUACCUUCAGAACUAGGCAACCUCGCUAUGCUAAAUCAACUUGGUCUCUACAAAAAUCAAAUAAUAGGUUCAAUGCCCCCGGAGCUAGGCAACCUCACUAUGCUCAAUGAACUUGCUCUAUAUACAAAUAAAAUCACAGGUUCGAUACCUUUACAGGUGGGAAAUCUGAUGAAUCUCCAAGAGUUGGACUUGUCCAACAACCAAAUAUCUGGCUCAAUUCCUGGCAGCUUAGGAAAUAUAACCAAGCUUGAAGUGCUACACCUCUUUGAAAAUCUGAUAACCGGUUCCAUUCCCGAGGAAAUUGGCAAUCUGAUGAAUCUCAAACAUUUAGACUUGUAUCAGAACCAAAUUUUGGGAUCAAUACCAAAAACUUUUGGGAAGUUGAAAAGCAUCCAACAGCUGUACAUCUACGAUAACAAAUUAUCAGGUUCCCUUCCUCAAGAAUUUGGAGAUCUCAUAGGCCUUGUCGAACUUGGGCUAUCUAACAACUCACUCUCAGGGCCUUUACCUGCAAAUAUAUGUUCAGGUGGCAGACUUCAACUUCUUAGUGUUGAUUCUAAUAUGUUCAAUAGCCCCAUUCCAAGUAGUUUAAAGACAUGUACGAGUUUGGUUCGACUUCACCUUGAGUCAAACCAACUAACAGGCGAUAUAUCUCAGCAUUUUGGUGUGUACCCACAACUCAAAAAGAUGGGCUUAUCAUCGAAUAGGCUCUCUGGGAAAAUCUCACCGAACCUAGGUGCAUGUACCCAACUAACGACACUAAAUCUAGCAAAUAAUAUGAUCAAUGGUUCCAUACCUCCAACGCUUUCUAAAUUGUCCAACCUAGUAGUACUAUCACUCCAGUCUAAUGAUCUCAGUGGUGAGAUUCCACCAAAAAUCUGUAGUUUAGCAAAUCUCUAUAAAAUGAACAUAUCAUCAAACCAAUUAUCUGGAUCCAUACCUACACAAAUAAAAAAGCUAAGCAAUCUAGGAGUCCUUGAUAUAUCUGGGAACAGACUGAGUGGAUUGAUACCUGAGGAACUAGGGGCAUGCACGAAACUACAGUCCCUGAAGAUCAACAACAACAACUUCAGUGGGAGUUUGCCCAGUGCGAUUGGAAAUUUAGCAGUCCUGCAAAUCAUGUUAGAUGUGAGCAACAAUAACCUCAGUGGUGUGUUGCCACGGCAACUUGGGAACCUGCAGAUGCUAGAAUUUCUGAAUUUAUCACAUAAUCAGUUCAAUGGCAGCAUUCCAUCCUCCUUUGCAAGCAUGGUGAGCCUUUCAACACUCGAUGUGUCCUAUAAUGACUUGGAAGGACUGAUCCCAACAACACGGCUACUCCAAAAUGCUUCAGCAAGUUGGUUUCUUCCGAAUAAAGGUCUGUGUGGUAACCUCUCUAGCCUGCCACCUUGUUAUUCAACCCAAGUAUCUGGUAAUCAUAAACGGAAGAUGGUUGGUUUGCUUUUGUCAAUUCUUCUUGUGGUGGGUUUCAGCAUUGUUGUUGCCAUUGUUGUCAAAAUAAUGCUUAAUCGUAACAUGAGAAAACCUCAAGAAAGUGUUACUACUGAAGGAAGGGACCUAUUCUACGUUUGGAAUUUUGAUGGAAGAUUAGUAUUUGACGACAUUGUAAGGGCAACAGAAGACUUCGACGAUAAGUACAUCGUUGGAACAGGAGGAUACGGCAAAGUCUAUAAGGGUCAACUCCAAGACGGGCAACUAGUUGCUGUGAAGAAGCUUCAUCAGACUGAAGAAGAGUUGGAUGAUGAAAGAAGAUUUCGAAGUGAAAUGGAAAUCUUAUCACAGAUCCGACAACGAAGCAUUGUCAAAAUGUAUGGAUUCUGCUCCCAUCCAGUGUAUAAGUUUCUAGUCUACGACUACAUUCAGCAGGGAAGCCUCCACGGAAUAUUGGAAAAUCAGGAGCUAGCAAAGGAAUUAGAUUGGAAGAAGAGAAUUGCUCUUGCAACUGAUGUGGCUCAAGCAAUAUCUUAUUUGCAUCAUGAAUGCAGUCCACCUAUAAUCCAUCGAGAUAUCACCAGCAACAACAUCUUGCUUGAUACAACCUUCAAGGCUUUUGUCUCGGAUUUCGGCACAGCAAGGAUUCUUAAGCCCGAUUCAUCAAACUGGAGUGCACUAGCAGGGACGUAUGGCUACAUAGCUCCUGAACUCUCGUACACAUCUGCUGUGACGGAGAAAUGUGAUGUCUAUAGCUUUGGUGUGGUUGUGCUAGAGCUAGUGAUGGGGAAGCAUCCAAGGGAUCUGUUAGACGGUAGUUUUUCGAGUGGGGAACAAGCUAUGCCGGUGAAAGAUAUUCUAGACCAACGGCCGAGAACACCAACAACAACAGAAGCGAAUAGCUUAGCUGUGCUCAUCGAACUGGCCUUUUCUUGCUUGGAAUCUUCUCCACGAGCAAGGCCAACCAUGCGGGAGGCAUACCAAACACUCAUCCAGCGACCCUCUUCUAGUUCCUGCCCUGUGCCUUUUGACUCGCUUACAUUACAGCAAGGGAGUGAUGCAUGUUGAUAUAUGAUCUGAAUUUUAGUGAGAAGCCAAGUUCUAUCAUUGCGGAAGCCGAUUAAGGUUUAUGUUUUUCCUCGAGUCAAUCAUAUACCAUCUAUACAUGUUGAAGUCUGUAAGCAUCUUGUGUCAUCUCCUAUGUUUUAUUUCUAGCAAAAACAAUAACCGGUCCAUGCAGCGUGAGCAUGUUCACUGCAUGGUCGGAUCAGUAGUUGCAUGCUAUUACGAUCGCCUGGUGGGAUGGCACGAGUAGCGGCUUACAACUUGAGGCAUGGUCAGGGGACGUGGGAUGGCACGUCCGUGAAGCUAGUUGAGCUAAUGAGCUGUUUAAAUAAAGAGGAGACCAAAGCAAAAAAAUCUGCAAUGGUUUACACAGAGCAAA